AUGGACCUCGACGCCACCAAACACGACAAGAAGGACGUCAAGUGUUACAACUAUGGGAAGAACGGUCACUACAAAGGGGAGUACUGUUCUCCACAAAAGAACAACAACCAGUGGCAAAAGGUACCAGAACCCCAGCGGCAGACUGCCGCCACAACACGCUCGGGAUACAACAACGAGCGGGAGGUCAGCAUGAUGGCCAGGGCCAGCGCUUCCUAA